UCUGCAAUCGAUAGUUUUGUGCAAAACUAUCGAUUUUAUUAAUCCAUUCAAUUUUUCGCUCUAGCUACAUCCUUACAAAUGUCAAACUCAAUGUCAAAAUUGACAAAAAACCGGCGGGAAUAGAUGUGUAACGUCAAUAGGUUAUGUAUUUGUUUGCGUCUGUGUUUAUUUCAAUAUUUAACUAAAAAUGUGUGAGCUCAAUACAGCGAACUUUACUUCUAAGCAAAUAAAGCUAAUAAGAAAGUAUUUGAAGCUGAGAAUAAUGGAGGACAACGUUACAUUUCGUGGUCACGAACAGGAAUGGAACCAUGUUUACGAUUUAAUGAAGAGAACAGUUUUGCAAGGCGAAUCGCACUCGGCUUUAUUAAUAGGGCCUAGAGGCAGUGGAAAGACUACCUUAGUGAACUCAGUUCUACACCGGCUGGGGAAGGAAGCGGACCUCGCCAGCGAUGCCAUCAUUGUGAAGCUGAACGGCCACUUGCACCAUGAUGAUAAGGUGGCGCUCAAGUCUAUUACAGCUCAGAUGCAAUUAGAGAACGCAGUAGGCGACCGAGUGUUCGGCACGUUUGCCGAGAACCUCUCCUUCCUCCUCUCCUGCUUGAAGAGUGCGGAUAGCCACAGCAAAAGCAUGAUAUUCCUUCUAGAGGAGUUCCACGCGUUCUGCCAUUCGGCGCGCACGCAGACUCUGCUGUAUAACUUGUUUGAUAUCACGCACGCAAGGCAGGCGCCCAUGUGUGUGUUAGGCAUAACCAACCGGCUAGAUGUGAUGGAAACUCUAGAGAAACGCGUCAAAUCCCGUUUCUCCCACCGUCACAUAUUCAUAUUCCCUGGUGAAGGCUCCAGCCCGCACGGCAGACUCUUGGACGAGCUGGUGGAACUUCUAUCGCUGCGCGUAGAAAAGGUGGAGAAAGUGAAGAAACGAGCGAGGAAGAAGAGCGUGGCCGCUGAACCAAUGGAAACAGAUAGCCAAAUCAACUCUAUUCCUAUAGAAGUUCUGAACCGUUGCAAAGUAGACCUAAAAGAGUUCUCGAACCUAGACCCAGGUUUCGUGGAAGACUGGAACGCACAUGUACUAGCUUUAAGGGGGGAGGAGAGGGUCGUCGAUGCGUUUGAGAAACUGUGCUAUUAUACUAAUAAUGAGCAGAUUUUUAAGGACAUUUUGUUUCAAAUAGUCUGCACCCUAUCUCCAAGGAAGCCCUACAUCGAAGCCUCCGACCUAAUAUCAACCAUAGACAAAACAGUAGCUCCCGAGCAUAAAGUUAAGCUUCUACAGUCUCUGUCCAUAUUGGAGUUGUCUCUGGUCAUCGCUAUGAAGCAUGGAAUGGAUAUAUUCGACGGGCAACCUAUGAACUUCGAAAUGGUCUUACAUAGAUACACAAAAUUCGCGGCAUCCAACUCGUCAACCCAGACCGUGCCGAGACCCGUCAUCUUGAAGGCGUUCGAGCACCUCCAGGCCUUAGAACUCCUCGUCCCGGUUCGUGGUUCCGACUACGCCUCGAACGAAACUACGGCUAGUAGAAUACAGAAAGAAUACCAGCUGUUUACGUUAGCAGCCGAAGGGUUGAACGAGGCGGUUGCAGGGUUUAAGGCGCUGCCGACGGAGAUUAGCCAUUGGCUUAACAGUGGGGACCUUUAGUGUUGCUCGCUACGCUCGAGAUGCUAUUUCGUUCCUAGGACUGGUCAAGAUAUGGGAAUCUGUAAUAGUGUUACUCGCUACGCUCGGUAUUCUAUUUCGUUCCUCGUUCUGCUCAAGAUACAUAAUAGUGGCAAUCUGUAAUAGUGUUACUCGCUACGCUCGAGAUUCUAUUUCGUUCCUCGCUCCGUUCAAGAUACUAAAUAGUGGCAAUCUGUAAUAGCGUUACUCGCUACGCUCGAGAUUCUAUUUCAAUUCUCGCUCAACAUAGGCAUGUCGUCAU